UAUUCAGUCAUGAUGUUACGUUCCGUUUAUAUUAUUGUUGUGUUUAGUAAAAUUAGUUUAGUAGACUCGCAGUGCUGUGGCAAUGGUUUUAGUAUACCUGGAUUUAAUAUGGAAUACAUAAAUAACAAGAUCUAUAACCCGUAUUUAGAUGAUGAUAAUGAUUCCGGCGAUGAACAGUCGAGAGAUGAAUAUACUAGGGACGUGUUCAAAGAUCUAGCAAACAGUCUUAUAGAUGCUGAAAAUGAAUUGAGACAGUAUUGCGACAAGAACGAGAAGGCUGUCGAGAUAUUAAACACAGAAGAAUAUACAUGCUCUUACCACUUGCAAGGUUACGAAGAAUCAUCUAUUUACAUUAGAAUCAGACAUAGAAUAAUGCGGGUAAUCGCUGAAUCUAAAGCUGGUGUGAGAAGGAAGGUUCUAGACGAUGUUAAAAUAGUACCAGAUAGUCUCCAAACUGGGGAAGCUACGUAUGAUCUGAAAGACGGGAUUUUGAAAAUUAAUAUACCUCUCGAUCGUAUGAAAUCGGAUACUUGCCAAGGUAACCGAAGGGAUACGUUUGUGGUGCCUUAUAACAUCUAUAGUUUAUUAAGAUAAUAAAAUAAUUUAAAGUGUCAUUGUAUGUUCCGUUAUGUCAUGUACUUCAUGUUAUGACUUAGUUUUUUAAUAUGUUUAUGAUUAUAAAUAUAUUAGUACGUGCAAAA